UUCGGGACACUGAUCAAGAGACCUCAGCAGGGACAAAACCACCGCCGACUCACAAGCCAAGUGUGUUGCUCUCGUUUCACUCGUGUUUUCACCAUGAAAGCCAUCAGUCCCGUCCGCUCGGUGAGGAGCUGCUAUAAGGCCGUGUGCUGCAUUUCGGAGCAGAGUCUCGCCAUCAGCCGGAAUAAACACUCCUGUCUGGACGAGCCGGUUAGCUCCCUGUGCGAUAUGAACGACUGCUACUCCAAGCUGAAGGAGCUGGUUCCGAGCAUCCCGCAGAACAAGUCGGUCAGCCAGGUGGAGAUCCUGCAACAUGUUAUUGACUACAUCUUCGACCUGCAGAUCGCGCUGGAGGCAGGGGACACAGCCACGCCGGAGAUGGUUUUGUCAAUAAAGACUGCGGACCUUAGUCGCAAUUUCUCCAAAGAAGAAGGGCGGUUGUGCCAUUAAGAUGAAGAUAGCAUAUUAUGGUGCAGGGAAACACAUGUCUCCACUUCACUCCGGGCAAGAGGACAAGAGGGGCAGAGAGGGUGGGAUAGGUAUUUGGGAGAGAAGGAGGAGGAGGGUUUGAAGAAAGAAAGAGAAAAAGUGGACUGUUUCCUAGAUGAGUGGGGAUCAACAGUAGUGCAUGAGCAAGAAAACAGAGACUCAUUCUUUGGCCCCCGGACAGACAAAUCAACUCACCAAAGCAGAAGCCAGGAUUGGAAAGUGAAAGCGACCAGCUUUGUAUGCCUUCCUCUCAAAACCUGGGAUUCCUUAUAGAUAGUUAGUGGAAUUGUGGGUACAUUUUCCUUUUCUUUUUUUGUAUUGCAUUCCAAACAAAGUUUUUGUGGACUGAUCUUUACACCCAACCUGAACCUUGUAUCUACCAAGUCUCUUAUCACCUCACAGAAAUAUCACCCCCAAAACAAAACAAAUGUUUUCCAGUGAUCUGGAGACUGAUCACACGUCUGAAGAAGGUGUACAUAUCUGUUGGGGGUGUUAAUUGUGCAUCAAUUUGGAUUUUUUUUUCCUUUUUUUCUUUUUUUCUUUUUUUGGGGGGAUCGGGAGUUUGAGUUUUCCUAGGUAUAAUCAGAAUAAUCAGAACUCUAUACUAGAGUCAAUUGUAAAUGUUUGUAGGGAUUGUGUUAUUUCUACAGACAGGGUGCUGUGAGUUUCAUAAACUCUUUGUUAUAAAGUUUGCUUUGUAUGUACAUGUAUGUUUUUAUGUAAUGAAAUUAAAAAAAAAGAAUGUGAAACCA